GCCCGGGUGCGCGUGGGGCAGGUGAAAGCGGGGAGCCGGGCCUGCCUCGCUCCCGGAGCCGGGCCUGGCUUUGGUUGGCGCCCCAGGAGACGAGGUGGCGGCGGCGGCGGUGCUGCCCCCGGUUCAAUGGAAGUAUGCUAUCAACUGCCGGUGCUGCCUCUGGACAGGCCGGUCCCGCAGCACGUCCUCAGCCGCAGGGGGGCCAUCAGCUUCAGCUCCAGUUCUGCGCUCUUCGGCUGCCCCAACCCCAGGCAGCUUUCUCAGAGACGUGGAGCAAUUUCCUAUGACAGUUCUGAUCAAACUGCAUUGUACAUUCGCAUGCUAGGAGAUGUACGAGUAAGAAGUCGGGCAGGAUUUGAAAGAGAGAGAAGAGGUUCUCAUCCAUACAUUGAUUUCCGUAUUUUUCACUCAAAUUCUGAAUUUGAAGUUUCUGUGUCUGCAAGAAAUAUACGAAGGUUACUGAGUUUCCAGCGGUACUUGAGAUCUUCCCGUUUCUUCCGUGGUAUUACUCUUCCAAAUUCUUCAAACAUUUUAGAUGAUGAUUACAAUGGACAAGCUAAGUGUAUGCUAGAAAAAGUUGGGAACUGGAAUUUUGAUAUCUUCCUUUUUGACAGGCUAACAAACGGAAACAGUUUGGUCACAUUAACUUUUCACCUGUUCAAUCUUCAUGGACUUAUAGAAUACUUCCAACUAGAUACAAUGAAGCUACGCAGAUUUUUAGUAAUGGUUCAAGAAGAUUAUCACAGCCACAACCCGUACCACAAUGCAGUUCAUGCUGCUGAUGUGACUCAGGCCAUGCACUGUUACUUAAAAGAACCCAAGCUUUUCCAAUCUCUAACUCCAUGGGAUAUUCUGCUCAGUUUAAUUGCAGCUGCCACUCAUGAUUUGGAUCAUCCAGGUGUUAAUCAGCCUUUUCUUAUUAAAACAAACCAUUAUUUAGCAACUUUAUACAAAAAUACCUCAGUAUUAGAAAAUCACCACUGGCGAUCAGCAGUGGGGCUAUUGAGAGAAUCUGGAUUAUUUGCACAUAUGUCAAUAGAAAGCAGGCAGCUGAUGGAAAGCCAAAUAGGGGCAUUGAUUCUCGCCACUGAUAUUAGCCGGCAAAAUGAAUAUUUAUCCUUGUUUCGCACCCAUUUGGACAAAGAAGACUUGUGCUUAUUAGAGGAAGAUCAUCGUCAUCUUGUCCUUCAGAUGGCUUUGAAGUGUGCUGAUAUUUGUAAUCCCUGUCGGACCUGGGAGCUAAGCAAACAGUGGAGUGAAAAAGUAACAGAAGAAUUUUUUAAUCAAGGAGACGUUGAGAAAAAAUACUGCUUAGGUGUGAGUCCACUGUGUGAUCGACAGACAGAAACUAUUGCCAACAUCCAGAUUGGGUUUAUGACCUAUUUGGUGGAACCAUUAUUUGCGGAAUGGGCUCGUUUUUCAAACACCAAGCUGUCUCAAACCAUGCUUGGUCACCUGGGACUGAAUAAAGCUAGUUGGAAAGGUAUGCAGAGAGGACAGUCUAGCAGCGGUGAUGAUACUGAUCCUGCAUUUGAGGAGACAGACUCUGAUGUGGUGCCUCAGGAACAGCGAUUAUCCUGACCCCAGGACCUGCUUAACAAACUGCCUCUUGCUUGGUAUCUACAGACCAGCGUUUGAGGACAAAUUCUGCCUGACUGCCAAGGUUUCAGUGUAGACAAUGCCAGCAUUAUUUAUUUCCAAUUGUUUCCUUUGAGGAAUCAGUUGAAACCGGUUUUCAGUUACAAGACCUGAACACAGAGCAAUAUGCAUAUGCCUCGGUUGGCUUCUGCGUGGAACCUUGAAUAUGCAACCCCGAGAAGUAUAUGAGUCUUGACUGGGAAAGUUCAAGAUUUGUUGUUAUGUGCCACAUUGUUUUUUUUUUUUU